AUGAAACAGUACAUCUAUAAAAGGAAAAGUGAUGGCAUCUACAUCCUAAAUCUGAAGAGGACCUGGAAGAAUCUUCUGCUGGCAGCUCGUGACAUUGUUGCCAUUGAAAACCCUGCUGAUGUCAGUGUCAUAUCCUCCAGGAAUACUGGCCAGAGGGCCGUGCUAAAGUUUGCUGCUGCCAUGGGAGCCACUCCAAUUGCUGGCCGCUUCACUCCUGGAACCUUCACUAACCAGAUCCAGGCAGCCUUUCAGGAGCCGCAGCUUCUUGUGGUUACUGACCCCAGGGCUGACCACCAGCCUCUCACAGAGGCAUCUUAUGUUAAUCUUCCCACCAUUGCUCUGUGUCACACAGAUUCUCCUCUGUGCUAUGUGAACAUUGCCAUCUCAUGCAACAAGGGAGCUCACUCAGUGGGUUUGAUGUGGUGGAUGCCGGCUCGGGAAGUUCUGCACAGGCGUGGUACCAUUUCCUGCAAACGCCCGUGGGAGGUCAUGCCUGAUCUCUACUUCUACAGAGAUCCUGAAGAGACUGAAAAAGAAUAG